UUGGAUGAUGGAGCACACAUUCGGAUUCGGGGUGGAGCAGCUCGAGCAGCCAAAAGGGAGGAAAAAUGUGAAGGGUAAAAAAAAGUUCCUUUCAGUGUAGGCUCGUGCUCCUCCAGCCUUCUUAGUUUCCCAAAUGUUCACCGUGGCAGUGCGCGCUCUCUCCGGCUCACCGUGGCGGACUGCGGCUUAAAGAAAAGGGACUUUGAGGCGAUAAAGACAGAAGAGAGAACUGUACGAGAACCGGAGCACGCGCAGCGGCUGUGACAGUUUGUGGUGGAGAAGCAGUUUGGGGAGCUUUUACGCAUUGCGCAGGAUGCAGGCGCGCUACUCUGUCUCCAGUCCCAACUCUUUGGGAGUCGUACCGUACAUCAGCAGCGACCAGGGCUACUACCGGGCCGGCGGCGGAUACACCGGGAUGCCUGCGCCUAUGAGCAUGUACUCACAUGCGGCCCACGACCAGUACCCGGCCAGCAUGGCCCGGGCGUACGGACCGUACACCCCUCAGCACCAGCCGAAGGACAUGGUCAAACCGCCUUACAGCUACAUCGCCCUCAUCACUAUGGCGAUCCAGAAUUCACCGGAGAAGAAGAUCACCCUGAACGGGAUUUAUCAGUUUAUCAUGGAGAGGUUUCCCUUCUACCGGGACAACAAGCAGGGCUGGCAGAACAGCAUACGGCACAAUCUGUCCCUCAACGAGUGCUUUGUCAAAGUGCCCCGGGACGAUAAGAAGCCCGGUAAGGGCAGCUACUGGACCUUAGAUCCGGACUCCUACAACAUGUUCGAGAACGGCAGCUUCCUACGGCGCCGGAGGAGGUUCAAAAAGAAGGACGUGCAGAAGGAUAAGGAGGACAGGCAAGGCAAGGACCCCUCUAACCGGACCGCGGGCCGGGAGCAGGACGCGCCGGUGCAGGGCUCUCAGCCGGUGAGGAUCCAGGAUAUAAAGACUGAGAACGGGACCUCCACGCCGCCUCAGGCCGCAUCUCCGACCCUGGGCGCAGUGCCCAAGAUCGAGAGCCCAGACAGCAGCAGCAGCAUGUCGACGGGCAGCCCUCACAGCGUCCCCUCCACCAGGUCACUCAGCAUGGAAGGAUCCGAGCACCACCACCACGGCCAGGCCCCGGCACAGGGCUUCAGCGUGGAUAACAUCAUGACCUCCUUGCGGGGCUCUCCGCAGGCCGAGCUCUCGCCGCCUCUCAUCGCCUCCUCUCGGACAGGUAUCACCCCCUCGCUGUCGCUCAACUAUUCCCCCAACCAGACCCCCUCCUACAGCUCGACGACCUGCAACCAGAACGCCAUCUCCACGAGCUCCAACGCGACGUAUCACUGCAACAUGCAAGCCAUGAGCCUGUACGCGGGGGACAGGUCGUCCGGGGGCCACCUGGCGCCGUCCACCACGGUGGAGGAGGCUCUGCCCGACUAUUGCAUCACCACGACCACCGCGUCCCCGCUCGGGCACGGGAACCUGAGCCAGGCCGGCCAGGAGGGCCACCACGCGCACCAGGGCCGGCUCGCGUCCUGGUACGGGGACCUGAGCCACUUGAGCCCCGGUUACCCGGCGCAGCAGCAGAACUUCCACUCUGUGCGGGAGAUGUUCGAGUCCCAGCGGAUCGGGCUGAACGGCUCCCCGGUGAACGGGAAUAAUAGCUGUCAGAUGGCCUUCCCGUCCGGCCAGUCCAUCUACCGCACCUCAGGAGCUUUUGUUUAUGACUGCAGCAAGUUCUGAAAACCAAAUGUGUCUUUUAAAUUAAUAACUCUAAUAUAUAUUUUCUAUAUUUUUUUUUUGUACUUUUGGUCUUUCAUUCACACUCCGAAUGGACAUGAGAUUUUUUUUUCUUUUUUCUUUUUUUUUGUCAAGAGCUGUGUAACACCAAAACACGUAAGUUUCCUUCCCUCUCACUUUGAGAAUUGUUUAUAAAGAUGACUCAAAUACCGGCUCCUAAGACUAAGACUGUAAAUUAUAGCCUAAUAUACUAAUUUAUUUGUUAGGAAAAAAAAAGGAGUGGUUGGAUGUUGAGGACCAAACACUUUAACGUUUUCCAGUUUUCUUAUUGCUGCCUUUAAUCGUCCCAGUUCUUGUAUAGACAUGGAGGAGAGAGAAGAGGGGGACUGUGUAGCCUAUACUGACUUAUUUUAUUCAUUCUGUGUUAUUUGUUUCAAAAAAAACUAUUUUGAAGGCAUUACCUUUUGUUUUGUGUAAUAAAGUGCCGUCUAUUUGAUUUUAA